AUGACCUGGCAGUUCCCAGCAGUGCUGGUGCUCUUCGUGUCCCUUGUCGUAAUUUUGCAUUAUGGCAGUCAAAUAAGAACAAAGACAUUUUCAGAAGCCAGAGACAAUCUUUACCCCUCUACAGCAGCAACUGUACAGGCCAGAUCUUCUCUCUCACUGUCAACUAGUCAAGUACCUCACAAAACUUCAGCAGCAAAAUCAACUGAUGGUCACACUACCUUUCAAAUAGCUGCGUUGACUUCCAAGUCUGAGAACCCAGCAACACAUACAACAAUAAAAACUCCAGCAACAAUGACUUCAGUAACCACAGAAAGCACCCCAUCCACCAGCCCAAUAAUCCACACCCUUGUCACAACCCAGGCCACACCCAACAUCUCACAAUCAGCUCUUCCAGUUACCGAAGUUACAGUCAGCCCCAGUGCAGCUCCUUACUCCCAGCCACCCACAGUCACCCCACCAGCCCAUACAACAAUAAUCAGUCCAUCAACUGUCAGCCACACAACUGAGGAAACCACCCAACCUGGUAACCAGACCACCCUUCCAGCAGCUUUGUCCACCACCCAACCCAGUAACAAGACCACCCUUCCAACAACUUUGUCCACUACCCUGUGCAACAGCACAACCAGUCAGAAGCCCACUCAAUCCACCCAUGCCCCAGGAACAACUACAGCCACACACAAUGCCACUCACACAGCACCACCAGCCCCUACAGCUCCUGGGCCCACCCUUGCACCAGAGCCAUCAUCAGACAAGAUUGGAAUUUAUCAAGUUCUAAAUGGAAGCAAACUCUGUAUAAAAGCAGAGCUGGGAAUAGAGCUGAUUGUUCAAGACAAGGAGUCGAUUUUUUCACCACAGAGAUACUUCACCAUCAACCCCAAUGCGACCCAAGCGUCUGGGAACUGUGGCCCCCGAAAAUCAAACCUCCUCCUGAAUUUCCAAGGUGGAUUUGUGAAUUUCACAUUUACCAAGGAUGAAAACUCAUAUUAUAUCAGUGAAGUGGGAGCCUGUUUGACCGUCUCAAAGCCAGGGAGAAUUUACCAAGGAAUGGAAAGUGGUAUGGUGUGGUUUGAGACGAUGAUCGGUCAUUCCUUCAAGUGUGUGAGUGAACAGAGCAUCAAGCUGUCAACCCACCUUCAACUGAAAACAAUGAAUGUCCAACUUCAAGCCUUUGAUUGUGAAGUAGACAGCUUUGGAAAUGUGGAUGAAUGUUCAUCUGACUACACAAUUGUGCUUCCUGUGAUCGGGGCCAUCGUGCUGGGUCUCUGCGCUGUGGGUCUGAUUGUCUAUGGAUUCCGCCUAAGGCAUGAAUCAUCUGGAUACCAAAGAAUCUGA